UUGAAAUACCACAGUGCCCCGUGUGCGGUGUGUACGUCCGUGUGUCGCUAUAUAAUAGAGAAAAAUCGCUCCGCCAAACCCCCGCUCGUCAAAUAAGCCUGUCUAGGCAGAAGGCCCUGUCCUGCCGAAGGUGCUCGGUCAGAGAAAGCCGCCGUUUCUGUGUUUACCCGCAGAAGUGGUGAAGUAGGACACUCGGUGCUGCUAACGUUACAAGGUACCACGGCAGAACACAAGGGGAAAUUACAGAAGAGGACAACGAGGUUUCUUCCUGGAAAGUUUAACCCCUCCCACACAGAUGCUUCCGGCCGACCUGAUUGGUGGGAGUGAUGUGUGAACUAGAUGACCUGGCUGGCCAAUCAGUGGAGAAUGAGAGUGUACUGACAGCCAGAGCAGCAGUGUUUCUACCAGAGCGCGAGCGGGAGUGGAGAACAACAGAGCCAGAGGGAGAGGAGGAGGAAGAGGCAGAGGAGCAGAGGCAAGGAAUGGGUGUUGGUAAAAACACCACCUCCAAAUCCAUGGACUCCGCCGCAGAGCCUGGCAAAUAUGAAGAGGAGAACAAACACAGUGCACACUUCUACCCCAUCCCAGUGGUUAAUGGUGCCGUGCAGACCCCCGGAGAUCAGGAUGCAGAGGACACGCAACUCAUGGCCAUUUACGCAAAAGACAGCCAGACCGAGGACAAAUGCUCCAUAUCAGAGACUGUGGACAGUACAGACAGCAUAGACGCCAGGAGAAUGGACAUGAUAUACACCAUAGAGGACACCCCACCUUGGUACCUUUGUGUGUUCCUAGGUUUACAGCACUAUCUUACCUGCUUCAGUGGUACUAUCGCUGUGCCCUUCCUGCUCGCUGAGGCCAUGUGUGUGGGAUACGACCAAUGGGCAACCAGUCAGCUGAUUGGCACCAUUUUCUUUUGUGUGGGCAUCACUACCCUGCUGCAGACCACCCUUGGCUGCCGGCUUCCAUUGUUCCAGGCAAGUGCUUUUGCUUUUCUCGCCCCUGCAAGAGCCAUCCUUUCAUUGGAUAAGUGGAAAUGUAACGCAACGGCUUUCCCUUUAUUAAAUGCCACAGAGCUACCACACACAGAAGACAUCUGGUACCCCAGGAUACGAGAGAUCCAGGGUGCUAUAAUAGUCUCGUCUGUAAUAGAGGUGAUCAUAGGGGCCUUGGGUUUGCCGGGUGUGCUGUUGAAGUACAUCGGCCCGCUCACCAUCACCCCUACAGUUACUCUCAUCGGGCUCUCUGGCUUCCAGGCCGCUGGAGAGAGGGCGGGCAAACACUGGGGCAUCGCCAUGCUAACCAUAUUCCUGGUGCUGCUGUUCUCUCAGUAUGCACGUAACAUCCAGUUGCCGCUCCCCAUCUACAAAUCCAAAAAAGGCUGGACGUCUUACCGCCUGCAGCUGUUCAAAAUGUUCCCAAUCAUCAUGGCCAUCUUGGUGGCAUGGUUUCUGUGUUUCAUCUUCACGGUGACUGAUGUGUUUCCUCCUGAGAAGGACAAAUAUGGCUUCUACGCCCGAACAGACGCCCGACAGGGCAUCCUUGCAGUCGCUCCCUGGUUUAAGAUACCCUACCCCUUCCAGUGGGGGUUGCCCACAGUGACAGCAGCAGGGGUGAUUGGGAUGUUGAGUGCUGUGGUUGCCAGUAUCAUAGAGUCUAUCGGAGACUAUUACGCCUGCGCCCGUCUCUCCUGUGCCCCGCCUCCACCUAUACACGCUAUAAACAGAGGGAUCUUCAUGGAGGGUCUUUCUUGUGUUCUCGAUGGCGUCUUUGGAACGGGAAACGGCUCCACAUCUUCUAGCCCAAAUAUUGGAGUGCUGGGCAUCACCAAAGUGGGCAGCAGGCGGGUAAUUCAGUACGGUGCGGCGCUCAUGCUACUGCUAGGAAUGGUGGGUAAAUUCAGCGCUCUCUUCGCAUCAUUGCCGGACCCAGUUCUGGGAGCGCUGUUCUGCACUCUCUUCGGCAUGAUCACUGCUGUUGGUCUUUCCAACCUGCAAUUUGUGGAUCUCAACUCGUCCCGCAACCUGUUUGUCCUUGGCUUCUCCAUCUUCUUUGGCCUGGUCCUGCCCAGCUACCUCAAAGGAAACCCUCUAGUCACCGGUAUAGUGCAGAUAGAUCAGGUGCUGAACGUUCUGCUUACGACCGCCAUGUUUGUAGGAGGCUCGGUGGCAUUUGUGCUGGAUAAUACUAUUCCUGGCACCCCGGAGGAAAGGGGUAUCCGUAAGAUGAAUCGCGGAAACAGCGUAUCUAAGCGAGACAGAAUGGAGUCUUACGAUCUUCCGUUUGGCAUGGACUUCCUCCGGCGCCAUCGCAUUUUCCAGUACCUCCCAAUCAGCCCCACUUUCGCCGGCUACCAAUGGAGCAUCCUCACUCAUGGCUGCCAUAACAGAAGAGAGGACGACAUGCCAACGAAGCCAGAGCUUGGAGAAAGUGGAGUAUAGUGUUUAGCGCCAGUAUUUCGUCAAACGGUAGUCGCAACCCUCCAUUCCACCCAGACAGUGAAGUCCGCAGUCCUGUCCUUUAACUAAAAAAGCCAGCUGUAAACUCAUUUCAUCCUACGAUCCUUUAAAAACUCCUUUUUGAUCGAGUUUGACGUCAACACUAAAGUUGGUUUAAUACAGCUCCUUAAAAUUUGACAGCGCAGCAGCUCUGGAGCCGAUCUGAAGGCGUCUCCAUGACAACAGCGAGUGGAUGCAACGCAGGUUGCACUCGUUCGUUGCUCUCUGCGAGGAAACAGACUGAUAGAUGGAACAAUCACUUUACAAAUUUUCCAGUAUCAGUGUUCCUUUUUUUUCGGCCUGCACUUCUCCUCCUGCGUUCGUGUUUAGAUAAUCGGAUGUGUUCGAAUUGAAAUGGCGGCCACUGUCUCACAUCUACACACUUCACAACAAACACAAACGUGCUCAAUCUCGCUUUAUGCAUGGCGCAGUUCCACAUUCGGAGGAUCGUUAAAGGUUUACUUAGUGAUGCAAGGUUAUUGCGCUUUAUGUUUGAAUUGCACUGCUUGAAUUAACGCACAAAAUGUAGUUUGCUUGUUCUUAAUUUAACUUCCGGUGUCCGAGUCUUGCUUCCAAAUCCGUACGUGCUUAAAUUGAAAUUAAAUUUAAGUCCCAAUGCCUUAAACGUAAGGAAAAUUAUUCAGUCGUACAAAAUUUACGUUUUCGUUUUUAGUUUUCGCCGUUAGUUAGCUGCUAUUUUAAUUGAUGGCUCGUAUCGAAAGAAGCGUUUCUUAUUCAGAUUGUAGCGUGUUUUGGAGGCGGAUAGCUAUGCAGUACGUAAAAUGAUACGGGAAACGAAUGUAUAUCAUGGUGCAUGGUUUGCAAAAGAAGGAAAACUGGAAGGGAAAAACUUGAGAAUGGUUGCACUCAGGCAGUCCCAUCGAAAGACAUGGGGAAACGUUUUUCUUUUGAUCAAAAUCUGUCGAGCCCUCCUUUGGGUGCCACAUCUUUUUAGUAUGUCUACUCUUGGAUAUACAGUAGGCGGCACUUCCUUACUGCCGUUCAAGUGCUGGUGGUUCAUAAUGUAGAUUCUCACAAGCACUGCAGCUGUGGUUUGUCUUUUGGGCACAGGGAGGAUGGGAGGCAUUUAGUGGGCAUUUAUUUGAUAGGCUCAACGUACCAUGUGCAAAUCCUAUUACACUGCAUUAUCACAAUCAGUUACUAAUCAUUAGUCAGAACUAUACAUUUUACAGACAUUUUAUAAUCUUUACAACACAAAGCAUUUUUAAACGUACGCUGUCAGUUUGUUUUGCAGCAUUGAAACCAACUUCUGACCGUCGGAGACUUCCUGAUUCGAUAGUGUGCAGUUGUGCUUUCACUUCUGUGGGUAUCUCACUUAAAGCUCCUUUUGUUGGCGCUGUCUUUACUCGAAGCUCCUACCGCGUCCGCUUUAGAUUCAGAGAUUCUUUUGUUGACUUGUAAUUUAUUUAUUUAUAUGUACUACGUCCUGUCUUCGUGUAAAUCCUUUGCUGCCCAUGAGCAGGGAAUUGGAGAUGCAGUUCUGCACUCUUAAGGUUUGAUUUGAUGUAUACUGUCAGCGUGGUGCAAAGAGAAAAUGCAGUUUUCUAUUACCGCGGUUUUGAUAUUUACAACAUAACCGGUGCUUCCUCUGCGAGUCAUUCCAACUAAGCCGUUCGAGAUGCUCUCUCAAAUUUUAGCUGACCUGAAAUUCAGCCUGAUGUCGGUUUCUUCUGAUUUGUUUUUAAUGGGAAAACCCUAAUUAUGCAAGGACCAUUUCACUCGGUAACAAAACGUUACAACUGUUACUUUGUUUUCAGCCUUAUUUACCCAUUUGUGUGCAUUAUAAAUAGAAAGAACACUUUGAUCGUGCGUUCGAGAAUGUUAAAGUGAUCGUAUUUGGGACCUAAAAGCCAGAAGUGAGUGCUGUAUACAAGGCAAUACUAAUUUUCCUUACUGUUUAGUGAACACUUGGAACAGAGUGCUGCAGUAAUUGAGCAGAACAAAAUCUUAUGUUGUAGAGAAUCCAUUGCUAGAGCACUUUUUGUUCCUAAAAUGAUAUUAUAAAACAUUCAGCACUCUGAAGUGCGGUAUAACGUUCGUCUGUGAAUCCAAAGUAAACGCGUCUGAGAAAGCGUGUGAAGUUUGCCUCUGAAUCCCAUCCCAUUCACGCGACAGUGCUUGCAUUGGUGUCAUCUCCUACAACUUUUAUCCUUUUUAAUAGUUUAUUGAAAUGGAAUAUGACAUCUUAUGAAGACCUUUCACAUCCUGUGGUGUUUAUUCGUGGUCAAAUAUUUCAGUCGUAUAUGGCAGUGACAUUAAUUAAUAUAGCAAACAUAACUAAUGGUGAUUUUUCAAAAGGAUUUUUAUUUCAUUCAUAUUAUUAUUAACACACACAUUUAUUGAUCUUAAAUGUUUUUUUGUUUUUUGAAACACGCAGUACUGUUGUGCUAAAUCUAAAGGUUGUGAUGGGUCUUAAUAACAUGGUGGCAUGUGAUUCAAAGAAAAACAACCCUUCAGUUAUUUUGAAGGGGGUACAUCUGAAGAAUAUACUUACUUUCUCUGAAUUGUAAUAUGUUUUUAAUGUUUUAUUGUUUUGUUUUUUUUGUACAUCAUUGUGUUUUUACAGACAAAAAAAGAUGUUGGGGGGGAAAAAUGCUUAUCUUAAAUCAUGAUGCUGCAAAGCGCACCAAUUUGUUACAUUUUUAUUUAAGAGUUAAAUAAAUUCUUUUUUUUUUUUUUCUUUAAAUCUGUAGUUUGAAUAUAUUUGUUAACUUGGAUGUUUUCAUAUUGUAUUUUUCUAACAUUACUUCCUGUUCAUGUUAAAUGUAGUACAAAUUUAGAAAGUGCAAUGCAUUGAGACUAUUAUAAAUAUAUGAAUAUAUAUAUAUAUAUAUAUAUAUAUAUAUAUAUAUUGAGUGCAGAAUGUGCUAUAUUCUUGGACCAGCCAUUGCAGCUCCUGUUAGUAGAAACAGCAGAAAUUGUUUUAUUCCAUGUUCCUAAAAACAUUUAAUAAGAUGUUUCUGACCAAAUCAUAACGUCUUUUGUCUCUUUGUAUGUGUGUUUGUGAGUGCAUCGAGAUUCCCCACGACAAAACCCUAUAUAUUAGGUCAAUCGUAGUAGUAUUAUUAUUAUUAUUAUUAUUAUUAUUAUUAUUAGCAUAUAAUUAUAAUGAUAAUUUAGACAAAUCGGUGUAUAUCAGAAGUACGUUAUCAUAGUUGUUUCUUCCUGCAUCCUUAACCGUUUUCAGAUCAGAUACAGUACAGUUAGGAGUAUAUGGAAAAUAAUGGUUAAGCAACAAUAAAAUGUUGGUCUCC